AUGAACGCGCUUAAUCGUUUUACAUCGAACAAAACGAAGCUAAGAAGUAGCAUGGUGAUUCACAACAAAGAAGUGCCUUAUUGUUACUAUGUACAGAUUUUUGUGAAAGCAUUCCGAAUAGAAAAGGCCAAUGGGCAAGAAUAUAUUUUAUUAAUUGUUUAUCAUUUUAAGCUUGUGAUUUGGCACCCUGGACAACAGCCGACACCCGUCCACGGAGCGUUUGCUAACUCGCGAAUUUGA